GCGAUUAUCAAUUAUUUUGCAUUUCAGAAAAAAACACUGAGCGCCUUAAUUUGUACCAUAGAGAAUGUACUAGAUAUCCCUGAAGAUAAAUUGGUGCAGAAAGAUUGCAAUGCAAUCAUGGUUGUUCUAAGCAAAAUGACAGAUGUAGGAGCUAACACUCUGGGACCGUUUGAUGCAAUUGAUUGUACAUGCUAUGAGAUGUGUCAUACUUGGAAUAGUUCAUGUAUGGGUACUUACGUUGAUACGUUCCACAAAGCAUUUGUGUAUGCUUUCAAAGUAUAUGCACCUUUGUACUUACUGAACGCCCUGUGGAAACUACAAAAGAAGCGUACUGACAAGAAAAGGCUUGCAAGGAAUACAAUAUUACAAACCUUGAGAUCGACGCUGUUUUUGACAAUGAAUGGUACUUGGGUACUGAUGGUUGUAUGUGCUUAUGGGAAAAUUUUUGGGAAAUUUCAUGGUGUGUCGGGUUUUAUUGUGGGGUUAAUAUCAUCAUUUCUGAGUAUAAUUAUUGAGAGGAAAUCAAGACGAGGGCUUCUAGCAAUUUACAUCACAAAUUUAGCCCUUGAGAUUCUUUUUAAAAUGUCGGUUUCCAGGGGUUAUGUGACCCCUAUCAACAGGGGUGAAAUUUAUUUAUUUGCUUUGUCAAAUGUUGCAUACAUGAGUUAUUUUCGUGGCUCAAAUUUGCCUUCAUAUCUUCAGUCUGUUUUUGAAAAAGUUUUGGGAAACGAUGAGACAAAAACUUACAAAAUCAGGGAAGAAAGAGAACAUUCCUCUGUAGCUGGGAACAAAUUGAUUUUUAGUUUAAAGAAAAUGUGCUCUUACUUGUUAAAUAAUUUGAAUUCUAUUGGUUCCAGGCCCCCCAGUUGUUGCCAUGGUGAUAGUUGUGUUGCUUAUUCAGCAAGAGCUGCUAUCAAAUAUUUCUCGAUUGGUUAUGGGAUUCAAGUUUUAAUGAAUUACCGUAGAAUUUUCCAAGCUUUGCUACGAAGCAAUUUAUCUCUUUUGGGAAAGAGUUUUUCAGAUUUUCGAUUAGCAAAAUUUUUCUGUGCUUAUGUGACUGUGUUUAGAGCUAUAAAUUGCUUAUUACGACGAGCUGUUGGUCAAGAUAACCCUGAAUUUUUUGGUGGAAUUGCUGGAUUUUUUAGUGGCUUCAGUGCUCUUUUUUAUCCUAGUACAACUUUAUCAUUGUAUGCAGUUACCAAACUACUUGAUAUAUUCUGUAUGAAAGCUGUGGCUACAAAACGUCUUCCCUUUUUCCCAAACUUUGAUGUUUUUAUGUACAGUUUGAGCAUGGGUAUAGUUUACCAUGCCUCUAUCUUUGAACCCCAUAAUAUUCGACCCUCUUACUGGUCUUUUAUGAAAGGCCUCAGUGGGUACAAGUUUCCACUGCUAUUCAGAAAGUUGUUGGAUAGAUUUGGGACCGAAGCAACAAAAAUGUACCCUAAUUUUGUGCCAGAUUUAGACCCAAAAUAUGUGAUAACACCAGAAGUUCAGCAAGUUUUAGCUUCUCAUGGCAAAUGGCCUUGAUCAGUGGUUUUCUAGCAUUUUUGAUCUAUAGUCCUUUAUAGACUACAAGUAAAAGAAUAACUGUAUUACAGUCAUGAAUUAAACAUAUCACAUUCAAUAUACUUUUGAAUUGUUGUAAUUUUUGACAAUAGUACCUUGUAACGGGCCAUUGCUUGUGACUCACCCAGGUGCUGAAAAUAAAUGAAAAAUACAUAUCAUGAUUGUAUUUUCAGAAAAUUUAGAACCAUAUUCAAAAUUACAGCCAUAUUGAAAGGGUCUUAAUAAAUUUUAUAAAAUCCAAAUCAUUUUAUUAUAGAAAUUAUCGUAUUGUAUAGGUUGUCCAUAAAAUGAAAUUGCAGAGGGAAUACCAUAUAUUGUUUUGGCCUUCACAUACGUAUUAAAUAAAGUAAAAAUACUUCAACAAUUACUGAUUGAAAAAAAAUAUACCUGGCCAAGAUAUAUUGAGAACUGACUUCAUAACAAAAUUAAAAUUUAGUUAAGGGACGUUAUGGACACCCUGUUAACAUUCAAAUUGCAAGAGAAAUUAUUCAAAUCAGAUCUCUAGAAUAUAAAAUCAUUAUGAAAAUCAAAAAUUUGCUAUAUAUUAUCAUUUUGAAUGUAUUAUUCUUUGAUUUGUUAUUGAAUUAUGUAUUAAAUUUUUUUCUGGUUAUUCCAGAUAUUAAAGAAAUGAUCGAACAAGUGUAUUUUAAUUAUGUGCAAUCGGUGCUGUUUACCACAUAUGCAAUUAUAUGAAUAAAUGAUACGAAUGGUG